AUGAUGAUGGUGAUAAUGAUGAUGAUGACGAUGAUGAUGAUGAUGACGAUGAUGAUGAUGAUUAUGGUGACGAUGAUGACGAUGAUGAUGAUGAUGGUGACAUUUGACAGGUUGAAGGAAUCUGUCGUCUGGAACUGCAUCAGCGGCGAUGAAGACUGCGACUGGUGGCCGGGAUCCGAGGAUUCAUAUCUGAGAACAUUCCCCUGGAUGACAUUUCACCUGCAACCUAAUUUUCCAGGCGACAGAUCCAACGCCAUUCCUCCUCCCGAUAUUCAAAUCUGGCAUUUUUUAGCCUCGAUAAGCAACAAAUACCUUAGCAGGCUCCGUGGCCAACAGCUGUUGCAACUGGCUCUUCCCGUUGCUCACGGCAGCCCCUCCCCCACUACCAGCACCGCUAGCUCCGCCUUUCUCUCCACUCGUCGACGUCGGGGCCGGCGCGUAUUGGAUACACCCACUCCCGGCGCUGGCGUGAGGCGAAGCGGCAUCUCCGGACGCCGCCCCUUGAGCAGGGGACAUGGUGGUGGUGGAGGCGGUGACUGCAUGGUGGCCGCUGUGGUGAUGAUGGUUCUCGGUGUGCCGCCUCAAAGAACGAGCAUCGCAGUAGCUUUUACCGCAGCCGUCCGCUUUGCACUCGUAUGGCUUCUUGUUACGGGGGUUCCACAGGGUUCCGUUAUAGGUCCCACGCUUCUUUUAAUAUUGAUAAAUGACCUGGCCCUCUGUAAUUCACCUCAGAGUAUUGUCCUGAAUACAGAUGAUACUACUACGCUAGAGAGUGGUACCACUGCUGAUGAUCUGAACACUGCAAAUAAUGAAAAUUGGUUUGCUGCUAAUAGUUUUUUCCUGAACGAAACUAAAAGCCAAACCAUAGAUUUCAUUUUGAAGAAUUUUAUCAACGACAAUGAGUUUGUAGUAAAGACAUUAGGUUUACACUUAGAUGGCCACCAGCGAAAAUAUAUAGUUCGCUGUGGUUAUGACGACGUCGUCUACCAUCUCAGUCUGCAAGGUUCUAUAAAUAGACUGCAUUUUGUUUAUUUGUCUUAUGGGCUAUGCUGGGAACGUCUAGCAUUGUUAGGUUUUUGCGAAAUAUACAAUGGAGGCAAGAUCACAAUGGCCAGGUUCCAAUAUAAAGCUUGGGAUCCGAGAUCGACCGGAUUCUCCUGGAAUUCCCCUCAUUCGAACAGCUUCCUGAAGACAACAUGCUCUAGAUUUUUUCCUAUACACACAGUGUUAAAAAGAAACGGCAAAGACAAGACUCAAGCUCAGUCUAAGGCUGUCGCAGAGAUAAUAACCGUUAGGCGAGAGAAAAUGUCGAUUAGAGAUUGUUUCGAAGGAGAACGGUUCCAUAAUAACAGGCCAUUUCCAGGUCCUUAUCACCUCGAAAAAAGCUCGUUCUGUGCCAGCGAAGACGACACACAAAAAUUCAUUUAUUUUAGUUGCGCAUCGUCCCUGUACCGGCGAAGUCAGUCGACGCUUCCGUGCAUAGCUGGAAAAAUUACAUUUAAAAAACAAUAUAACAGAGCACAACGAGGAAGGAGAAGUUGCCAAGUAAAAAUUGCCGGUCUCUUGCUGUCAGUACCGUACUUACAAUUUCAUAAAGGUAGCCUAAGCUGGAAAGAGGGAAAAAAGCAUGUUACUGCACUGGUGGCAUUCUGCGGGCGAGAUAUUUUUUAUACCAGUGCAACCGCGUAUAAGGAAACGUUUGGGACAGUGGAAGAGCAGUAUGAUGGAGGUGCGCACUCUUGCAAUGCAAUUAUUGCAACUAGCAGGCUGGCUGUCCUGUGGCAAGCGGCUGGCGCGGACAUAUAG